AUGCUCUCACAAUCUUUGAAGCUCAGCAGGUCGCUGCCUCUGGCGCGCCCAGUUCUUCCAUGCACUGGCCGUCGCUUUUUUGCCCAGGUCUCCGAUGUGAGGAUUCCUACUGAAGAUGACAAGCCCUUCAAUGUCCCCUUACCAGAAGACAGCUUCGAAACAUAUCACCUCGACCCACCACCAUACUCGAUCGAAACGACGAAAAGCCAACUCAAAAAACUAUACUAUGACAUGACAGUGAUAAGACGAAUGGAAAUCGCCGCCGAUAGUUUAUACAAAGACAGGAAAAUCAGAGGAUUCUGCCACUUAUCGACAGGACAGGAAGGAGUGGCAGUUGGAAUCGAGCAUGGGAUUACCAAAGACGACAAAUUGAUCACAGCGUAUCGCUCCCAUGGCUUUACGUUGAUGCGCGGAGGCACCAUUAAGUCUAUUAUUGGUGAGCUUCUUGGGCGACAAGGUGGCAUAUCAUAUGGAAAAGGAGGCUCGAUGCAUAUGUUCUGCAAGAACUUCUUUGGAGGAAACGGAAUUGUCGGAGCUAGUGUGCCCGUCGGUACUGGGAUUGCCUUUGCGCAGCAGUAUGACGAGAAUCCGACCAUCACGUUCAAUCUUUAUGGAGACGGGGCGGCAAACCAAGGCCAGGUGCACGAGUCUUAUAAUAUGGCCAAGCUAUGGGAAUUGCCUGUUGUUUUCGGAUGUGAGAACAACAAGUAUGGAAUGGGAACGUCAGUUGAGAGAGCAUCAGCAAUGACCGAAUACUAUAAACGCGGACAAUAUAUCCCCGGUCUUCGAAUCAAUGCGAUGGAUGUACUAGCCGUCCUAGCAUCCACAAGAUUUGCCAAAGAAUAUGUGCAAUCUGGCAAAGGACCGCUAGUAUACGAGUAUCUCACAUACCGGUACGCAGGACACUCGAUGUCCGAUCCAGGAAUCGCAUAUAGAACACGAGAGGAACUGCAGGCGCAUCGAGCGAACGACCCGAUUACCAACUUCCGGGACAAACUGAUUGACUGGGGUGUUUUCACUGAGGAUGAAGCGAAGGCUGUUGACAAGGACGUACGCGGCCUGAUUAACAAAGAGGUAGAAGACGCUCUCAACAUGCCUGACCCUCCGAACACCUUCGAUGCGCUGUAUCAGGAUAUCUAUGUUCGCGGUAGCGAGCCUCGACAGAGGCGGGGAAGAACCGUGGAUGAGACAUACUAUCAAGGAUAG